AUGAAGAAGAUGGUGAUGGGGAGGAAGAAGAAAAGCUGUCAUGUUCAUAGUGCUCCUUCCGAUGAUGACGACACCGUGUAUUCUCACGAUCCUAAACCCAAGAGGAUCUACCAACUCUGGCCCGGCAACAAUAAAUUCUAUUGUGGAGGGAGACUAGUGUUUGGUCCAGAUGCAUCUUCGCUUCUUCUGACCACAAUUAUGAUUGGAGGUCCAGCUCUCACUUUCUGCAUACGGAUGGCUUUCAUGAUCGGGAAAGGCUUUCCUUGGUUCCACUCUCUUGAAUUGAUGGGUGCACUUUUGCUCACUGUCUUGGAUUUCACAUUUCUCUUCUUAACGUCAUCGAGAGACCCAGGGAUCAUCCCGAGGAACAAAGAAGCACCUGAAGCAGAAAUGCUUGAUAUGAUCACUCAAUCCUCAGAGUGGGUAAACAACAAACUCGGUGGUGACACAAAGAUACCUCGAACCAAAGAUAUAAUAGUGAAUGGACACACUGUCAAAGUUAAAUUCUGUGAUACAUGUUUGCUUUACCGUCCUCCUCGCGCCUCUCACUGCUCAAUCUGUAACAACUGCGUUCAAAAGUUUGAUCAUCACUGUCCAUGGGUUGGCCAAUGCAUAGCUUUACGAAACUAUCCAUACUUUAUAUGUUUCAUAUCAACUUCAACACUCCUCUGCUUGUACGUCUUUGUCUUCUCAUGGGUGAGUGUGCUUGAGACGACUUAUGAGAACUUCCGGUACCGAUACGACAAUAAAGAAAACCCUUACGCAAAGGGUUUCUUCAAGAACCUAUUUGAGGUGUUCUUUGCUAGAAUCCCACCUCCAAUGAUCAACUUCAGAGACUUGGCUCCACAGGAACCUGACGUGGAGGUUGGAUCCAUUGCAUCUGAGCUAGACCGAGCCUUUGGACCCCGAGGAGAUAAAUAUGAUAUGGAAAUGGAAAUUGGCGGUUGCAAAAACGGCAAAGGCGGUUUGCGUCUCCAGACAGUGGAGUAUGACAACAACAGCAAUAACAAAAACAUACAAGAAACUGUCAAGAAGAAAGGUUUAGGUGAAGGAACCGGAGAGAUCACCACCGGGUUUUACAUUCAAGAACCGGGGAAUAUACCAAGAAACUCGAGCUUUGAUUUGAGAACGAGAUAG